AGGUAGGCAGGAGCACCCCCGUAGCCGAGUGAGGCAGCAUGGCAAGUAAGUGUUCCACAGUCCAGACGGAGAGGUGGUGGAGGUGGUGCUGCAGAAAGGGGAUGUUUGGCAGCCACCUCUCAAGGAAGGGGUGCCUGUGCUUUUUGGGGGGGUGUUAUUCUCUGUGGGGAGCAGAUGCCUUUGGCCAUUAUCCCUGGAUGAGCUCUGAGGUCUGGCCUGACUUGUGCUUCUCUCUCCCCUGUGCGAGGUGGGAGUGGAGAGGAGAUGCUGAAGGGCUGGCCUCUCCGGGACUCCCCGGACGCUGCAGCAUAUUCUCUAUUUCCCUGAUGCUUGCUGUGCAAGGUGGGCUUCCCUGAGGGCUAAUGGCCCCUCGGCAGGGUUGCUGGUCUGCGCUGACUUCUCCUAGCAACAGUGCUCCUCAUGGCCCACGACGGGCAUCCCACGAGCUGCCCAUCCCGGGGGCCAGAGUGCCUUGUGUGGCCGGUGGCACCGGGGCUCUGCAUUCCCAGCGGAUGGGCAGCUGCCUGAGUUGGUCCUGCUGGGAUCUGGCUGCGUCCUGGCAUGGAGAGCCGGGCUGAGACUGGCAAGGGUGCAGGGUGGAGGAUGGCGUGUGGUCUGUAAAGAGCUGGACUCAACCCCCCUCCUCCUCGCUCUUCCGGGCAGCCUGCGCGGAGGCUGCGUGCGGCCGUGCGGUGGGAGCUCAAGGAGAGAUGUAGAGAUCUGGCUGGGAUCUCGGGAUGUGCUUGGGCUGUCACCAGAGCCAGCUAUGAAGGUGGAGGCAGCAGCCACGCUGGGCAGGAGGAAGACCCCCCCCGAGGUGACAGUGGCCAGCUCAGCACAGCAAAGCAGGGAAGGGCUCAAGUGACUGGUGUCUGCAGGGAUGGAAAACCCUCACGGUGAGAUCUGUGGCCAAGCUUGUUGCUCCAAGGCACGAGGAGGAAGCUGGAAGGAGGCUGAGAUGCAAGUGCUGAGGAAGGGGAGAGUUGAUACCCCAGCCUGAUCAAGGCGGGAGGCAAAGGAGUGUUCUUGGGGGCCAGGAAUGCCCACUCCAUCCUGAAGCGCUUCCCCCGAGCCAACGGCUUCCUGGAGGAGAUCCGGCAGGGCACCAUCGAGCGGGAGUGCAUGGAGGAGGUCUGCAGCUAUGAGGAGGUCAAGGAAGUCUUCGAGAACAAGGAGCAGACGAUGGAGUUUUGGAAGGGCUACACCAACUCUGUCUACUCUGUCAAGGACCCCGGGCACAACACGGAGCGCUCAGACGCUAUGUACGUGGUGGUGCCCCUCUUGGGGGUGGCUCUUCUGAUAGUCAUCGCCCUCUUCAUCAUCUGGAGGUGCCAGCUUCAAAAGGCCACCCGCCACCGCCCUUCCUAUGCCCAGAACCGAUACCUGGCCAGCAGAACGGGACGCAGCCUCCCCAGGGUCAUGGUGUACCGGGAGCGGUCGCAAAGCCAAGGAGAAACCCAGUAUCAGCGAGAAGCCAGCAACCGGGUGGCUGGAGAUGGCAGAGCUGGGGGCACCCCCCAGCAAGAUGGCACCCUCUGCCCUCCGGAGCAUUCCGUCUCCGUCCUCUCCAGACUGUCCAGUGCCACCCCUCCACCUUCCUACGAGGAGGUGACGGGCCACCCGGAGAGCAGCAGCAGUGGGGAGGAGACCAGCGUCUCCUACAACGACCCACCACCCAAAUACGAAGAGAUCGUGGCCGCUGCCCCUGCAAAAUAAGGGGUCUGCCUCCCUCCUGCCUCUUCACACACUCACACUCACCCACUCACCCACCCUCCGCCGUGCCCGGGACCCCCUUUCCAGGUGCCACCCCAUCUCACCUGUACAAGCUGGUGCCAUCACACGAUAGCCUUACCCUCCUAACCAAAAAAAAAAUCGCCGUCUGUCCUCCACCCCAGUGGGGGGUGAGGCUGGGGCUUGUGGGGGUGGCUUCUGGAGCCAGGCAGCCUUCUCCUGCCCCAACUUGCUCCCCAGCUCCUGUAAGUGCUGUAGCAGCCGGAGCAGAGUGGGCAGCUCCUUCCUGGCUCGAUGCGGGGGUCUCCCCACGGUGCAUUUGAUUUUCUCACCUCCCCCAUCACAUUUCCCAUGGUUGAAACCAGCCUCGCUGCCUCCCUGGGGUGCUGCUCAGCCUUACCCCCCCUCUCCUCGCUGGGCCCCCUUUUUUGCUGCUCGGGACCCCACUUAGGAGCUGGGGAUGUAAGAAGGGGUGUGGUGAGUUUCUGUCCCUCUCCACAGUGGGUGUCCGUGCUCUGUUUGGGGAGAAACUGCCCCCCUUGUGUGGGUCUGCUGCCCCAGUGGUGGGAGUGGGGAGCCCGCUCCGGCCUGCGGUGCCUGUAGCAAUAUUCGCUGUCUGGAGAUCAGGGAGGACCAGUCAGGGAGGUGUUCUCUGAUCUCCUAGAUCCCUUUGGAAAGGGGGAAAGGCUCGUGUGUACAUGAGGUAAGUGACUUUGGAGCAGCAGGUCCUUUUCCUGAUAACUCUCUGCUUCCCCACUAUGGGGUGCCGGGCAGUUGGAGGGCUGGCUGUGGUGGAGCUGGUCGAUGGGGUCAUCUCUGACCUCGAGGUGGUGGUCCCAUGGCUUUAAGCAGUGGGGAUGCUCCUCUUUCCUGGAGCGUGGCCUGGCUGGUGUCUGCCCCAGAGGUGGGCUGCAGAUGGGCCAAAUGUCCCCUGUGCUGACCCCAAGCCUUUUUGUCCUGCCUGGCCUCUCUCUUUGGGGCUGUUUGUCCUCCAGAGCAGGUAAAGGGGAAUGGGAGACCCCACUCUCCUGCAGAGUGCGUGGUGGCCAUGGCCAUGGCGUGGAGGGCCUGCUGACAGAGGUGAGAGCUGACUGACCAUGCCAUGAUGUGGUGAUGCUGGUGGGUCAGAAGCAGGACCAAACCCUGUUGCACCUGACCACCGGGUGGUUGUGGUGCCAGGGCACGGCAGAACAAGGUGCUUUGCUGUGGGACCAGAGCGUCCCCUUUUCCUGGGUAGCUGCUUUUGGGGUCCAAGCAAUGGGGCUGUCCUUUCCCACUCAUGUCUGAUGGGUUACAAAGGGGGGUUUGUGCUCACCAACCCCCCCCAGGAGUAGCCCAGAAACUCCCAGCACUGCCACCCUUUGGUGUUCACCCCAGCACCAGUCUCUCCACCAGCACUGAAAGGCUAUUGUACGUCCAUGGGCUGCCUGAACCCUGCUCUGCCCCAGCGAUGCUCUCGCAGAAGGUGUCCUCAGCCCACAGCUGAGGCUCGUCCCCGUUCCUGGGGCAGGACAUGUGGGGUUGGCAGCUGCUGGCACCUUGUCUGUCCCCUCCCAGGCCUUUAUUCUGCCUUUCAGCCUUAGCAAAUCGGGGUUAGGGGAAGGACCUGACAGCGAGCAUCGGGGUCAGAGCCUGGAAUAAAACGGAGGGAGACAGAAGGGCUCUGUGUGUCCUCUGUCUUUGAUGCUCGGUCAUUAUCCCUGCAGUUUGUAUUCUGUAAAACUUGGUAUAUUUCUGUGCAAAAAAAAAAAACCAACAAAAAAAAGGUAUUUAUUAAA